ACCUCAACACCAACACCUGUCAUUUUGGGUAGCUUUAAAAAUAAUAAGUUAAACAAAUAUACGAAUGAGAAGGGUAUAUGAUUUAAAGACCUGCCCAGAAUGGGUCAGUAGGUCUUGAAGGAGCCAGUGAAGGGCUCUUAAUCCAGGGAAAUGGGACUGCCCUCCCUUUCCUUGGAUCGAAUCUGACUUCAAUUAUCUCUGAUCAGGGGAUUUUAAUUUCUAAGGAGUUGAAUCUGCUCCAGUUCCUUGACUCCUCAAGGAAGGUUCCUUGAUGAUGACUCUCAAGAAUGGACUGGAGAAAUUCUACUGAAAUGUUUGACAGCUGCAAUUCAUUUGCUGAUGGAGAGAUGUCAUCUCCACAAAUUAUCAGUACAUCACUGAUAAAGAUGGAUAAUGAAUCCCUUCAUUGUUCAGAAAAAAGACAUAAUUCUCUGCAAGAAUCUUUUUGUAUCCCUGUAUUAUAUAAUGGACGGUCUUAUGCAAGGAAAGUCAAGGCUAAUUCAAAUGAAGCAAAUGUUGAAAUGCUUAAAAUAAAAAGUCUCCUUGAAUUUAGUACAGAUGUACAGGCAAGUUAUUCCAUCAUCCAGCACCAAAACAAUGAUUUACCUACAGUAAAUUUCAAGGAAAAGAUGCACUGCUUUUCUGAUGAAACUAAACUGUGCCAGGAAAUAAGAGAUUCUAGUGAAGAUUUGACAAGAACAUGUCAUAAGGAGAAAGAACUUAAAAACCCUGUUCUGAAAGAUUUAAUAAAAAAUAUUGAAACCUUUUAUGCAGACGAAAAUGCUUCAUCAAAGGCAUCGACCAAAAGAGUAAAAUGUAAUAACCCCAAGGUUGAUAUUUCAAGCAGUAAUGAGAUUCUUAAAUAUAAUUUGAGAAAUUCUACACAGAAAGAUGAUAGUGAAACAGUUUGGUACGAAUGUCAAAAGUGUCACUUAGAAUUUUGCACUCCAAAAGGCCUUGCCAAUCAUGUAAAGACACACCCAAAAUUAAUGAUUGAAAAAAAUAUGUGUGUAUACUGUGGAAAAGGUUUUGACGGUGUUAAUGACUUAGGUGACCAUCUAAAUGCAGAGCAUUUAUUCAGUGUAAUGAAUUACACAUGUGAAUCAUGCUUGAUAGAGUGUAUCAGUGCUGAUUUAUUUGAUAAACACCAAUACUCAUGCCAUAGAAAGCAAGAUACAUCAUGCCUCUUUUGCUCAAAUUGUGACAAAGUUUAUUACGACCAAGAAAUGCUUAAUUAUCACAAGGAACAACAAAAACAUUGUCAUAUAUGUUUUCUGAAUUACUGCAUGUCUUCUGAUCAAUUUAAAGCUCAUAAGGAAAAACACAUUUUGUUUAAGUACAAAUGUUUAAAUUGCAAUUCCUCUUUCAUAACUAAGGCAGCUUUAACUAAGCAUUUGGAAAUAAGGAAUUCAUGUUUUCAGAUGUUAUGUAACAAAGGUGUAGAUCAUGAGAAUUCAUAUGAAUUUGAUCAUGAGCAAGUAAAUGAAUUUGGAUUUGGAACUGGCACAGAAGUGAAUCCCGAGGAUAAUAUGAUUAAUGAAACAAAUAUCUCUUCUGUCAAGAAGGAGAAGAUUCACAAGUGUCCUUUGUGCACUGCUAAGUUUGCACUUGUCAAGAAUAUGUGGAGGCAUGCAGCAAUUGUUCAUCAAAAAGAUUUACAACUUGGAACACUGCAGCAUUUACCAACACCAAAGGGUCAUCAGUGUACAAUGUGUGAAAAGAAAGUUUCCAGGAAAUCAAAUCUUGUGGCUCAUAUGGCAUCACAUAUACGAGGGACAUGUAGCAUGGAUAAUGGUCAACCCAAGUGUCCAAUUUGUCAUAAGACCUUCCGCUUGCAGCGUUAUCUUGUUGAUCACAUGAGGUUGCAUACUGGGCGUGGUACUCAUGAAUGCCAUCACUGUGAUAAAAAGUUCUUGAGACGGUCUCAUUUAAAGCUACACAUGGAAAUGCAUAACAGUUUUCAUAAAUUUCAUGCCUGUCCCCACUGUGAUAAAACCUAUAUGCGAAAGAGAGACCAAAUACAUCAUGUACUGUUUAAACAUGGCACUGCUGUUGCUGUCACCACAAAAAACAAACACAAAAAUAGAAAAAACCAGCAUUUAAAUACAUUGUUUAAUAUGCAAACUGGACAGAGAGCCUGUCUUACUAAGCCUCCUUACCAAUGCCAGGAAUGUUCUCAAAGUUUCCCAACACUGAGUACUUUUAAAAAACGGCACUACCUAAUUCACUGGGACCUGAGACCAUUCUCUUGCUUCACAUGCAGCAAGAGCUUUAGGUACACACAAAGUUUGAAACGGCAUAUGAUGACGCACACUGGUGAGAAGCCACAUGUAUGUAAGCAUUGUGGCAAGGGUUUUGCUUUAAAAGGCACCCUAAAUGUACACAUGCAACAGCAUUCAACUGCUAGAACAUUUAAAUGUUAUAAAUGUGAUGAAGUCUUUACAAGAAAACAAGAAAUGAAGUCUCAUCACUGCAAUCAGAUAAAACUAAAACUACUUGCAGAAAGUGUCAAUACUGAGUAUAGUGUCUUUAGGAAGGACGAAUGCACAACUUAUAAUACUUGUGAAUACAAAAGCAAGGAAAAUAAUGAAUCAGUGGGUAAUCUUGUUCCUAAUGUUUUAAAUGACUUAUCAAGUGUAGCCUUAAUAUCAGAUUCUUGUGUUGAUAAUUUAGUUCCAGUUGCAGGGCUUAAUUCAAAUAUCACAAAUAAUGUUCUUCCACUUACGCAUUUAGUCACAGAAGUAAACAAUGAAAUCAUAACUCUGAAUGGAGCAGCAUCCAAUAAUAGCAUCGGUGAUACACAGUUUGAAGUUCAGUUUUCAGAUCAACCAAGUGACAAGGUACAACCACCACAAGUAGUGGAAGCUAACUUUGGGGACAAUGCACUUUUAGAGAAAGCAUCCCAUCUUCAAAAUAUGAAUCAAACAGAUAGUCUUGCUGAAGUAUGUACAGUAGUGGGUGAAAACAGGAUAAAUGAAUCUGUAAACUUGGGUAAUUGCUCAGUAUUGGAAACAAAUCAACAAGCAGAAGCAGGUGAAUGUACUAUUUAUACUCUGGUGACUAUAGAUGGAGAAUUAGAGCAGCCAACUUUCAUCAGUAUUCCAACUAUUUCUGACAGUGGCAAUGAAGAGAAUGUUACACUUCAGAUAAAUUUUCCUGAAGAUGGCUGUUCAGAAGUUUUUAUUAUUAAGAGUUAGUUUGUAAUUGUAUCAUAUCAUAAGUGGUGGGCACAGUUCCGCUAAUCUGCUAACUGCUAAUUAACGGAACUAACUUUUUGUUUAACGGAUUAACAUUUCCACUAACAUCGGAAACCAUUAGCGGACUAACUAGCUUUUGCUAAAUAAAGUUCCGAUAACUUUGAGUCCGCUAAAAAAAAUUCAUGCAUUGUUGAUAGUCGGAAAGCAGUGAGGAGAACAGGAGCACCACUAAUGAGGAUGCAGAAGAUGACUUCUUCAGCAGUAUCACCCGGUUCCGGGAAGCAGAAGCCAUAGGUCACUGAAGUCGAAGGCACAGAGCAUGGUGAAGACCUGGCUGGAGACCAGCUUGAAGGAAGUCACAUGUGAAAUCACCCUCUUUGGUGAGCAGGUCUUGAUCGACCUAUUCAUUAAGUACAACACUGCCAUCCCAUCCAGUGCUGCAGUUGAGUGCCUAUUCUCUACAGGCAAAGAUAUCUAGAGGGCCAAGAGAGCCACCCUGUCAGAUGGAAACUGAGAGGCUGAUGCUCAUGAAAGGCAACCAGCAUCACAUCACAGCAAUGGAGAAGGCCCAUCCAGAGCAGUAAUCAGCCCAGCCAUCAUCUGAUCUUGGCAUGAUACCCAUGCUAUGCAUUUUGUACAGUAAAUAAAGUGUAUGUUGGA